CACACCUUCCUCCACUAAACUUGCGUUCGCCCAUUCAUAUCUUCUCCCUGCUCUCAUCUCCCUCUCUCGGCGGAAGAAGAAGUCAGUGCUUCCUUGCCUCUACUCCCUAAAGAAAAAUGGCAUCUCACAUUGUUGGAUACCCUCGCAUGGGCCCAAAGAGAGAGCUUAAAUUUGCUCUUGAAUCUUUUUGGGAUGGAAAGAGCAGUGCUGAGGAUUUGCAGAAGGUGGCGAGCGAUCUCAGAGCCUCCAUCUGGAAACAGAUGGCUGGUGCUGGAAUCAAGUACAUCCCGAGCAACACCUUCUCGAACUAUGAUCAGGUGCUGGAUACCACUGCUAUGCUUGGUGCUGUACCGCCCAGGUACAACUGGACUGGUGGUGAAAUUGGAUUCGACACCUACUUCUCCAUGGCCAGAGGAAAUGCCACUGUUCCUGCAAUGGAAAUGACCAAGUGGUUUGAUACAAACUACCACUUCAUUGUCCCCGAGUUGGGUCCUGAUGUGAAAUUCAGUUAUGCUUCCCACAAGGCAGUGAAUGAAUAUAAGGAAGCUAAAGCGCUUGGUGUCGAUACCGUUCCAGUACUUGUUGGCCCAGUCUCAUACUUGUUGCUAUCAAAACCUGCUAAGGGUGUUGAGAAAUCUUUCCAGCUUUUGUCCCUUCUAGACAAAAUCCUUCCAAUCUACAAGGAAGUUGUUACUGAAUUGAAGGCAGCUGGAGCUUCUUGGAUCCAGUUUGAUGAGCCCACCCUAGUUUUGGAUCUUGAGGCUCACCAAUUGGAAUCAUUCACUAAAGCAUACUCUGAACUAGAGUCUACUCUAUCCGGCCUUAAUGUGCUUAUUGAGACUUACUUCGCUGAUGUCCCUGCUGACGCAUUUAAAACACUUACUGCUUUGAAGGGAGUUACUGCCUUUGGUUUUGACUUGGUCCGUGGAUCCAAGACUGUUGAUUUGAUUAAGGGUGGAUUUCCUUCAGGAAAGUACUUGUUUGCCGGAGUUGUUGACGGUAGAAACAUUUGGGCAAAUGAUCUUGCUGCAUCCUUAAGUCUUUUGGGAUCUCUUGAGGGCAUUGUAGGGAAAGACAAGCUUGUUGUUUCUACUUCCUGCUCUCUUCUCCACACUGCUGUUGAUCUCAUCAAUGAGACCAAACUGGAUAAUGAAAUCAAAUCAUGGCUUGCAUUUGCUGCUCAAAAAGUUGUUGAAGUUAAUGCUUUGGCAAAGGCUCUAGCUGGUCAGAAGGAUGAGGCAUUCUUCUCAGCUAAUGGUGCCGCACAAGCUUCAAGAAAAUCGUCUCCAAGAGUUACAAAUGAAGCUGUUCAAAAGGCUGCUGGGGCUUUGAAGGGCUCUGACCACCGCCGGGCUACAAAUGUUAGUGCAAGACUUGACGCCCAACAAAAGAAACUUAAUCUUCCUGUUCUCCCAACUACCACUAUUGGGUCAUUUCCUCAGACAGUGGAACUUAGAAGAGUUCGACGUGAAUACAAGGCCAGCAAGAUCUCUGAAGAGGAAUAUGUUAAAGCCAUCAAAGAAGAAAUCAGCAAAGUGGUUAAGCUCCAGGAAGAGCUGGAUAUUGAUGUUCUUGUUCAUGGAGAACCUGAGAGGAAUGAUAUGGUUGAGUAUUUCGGAGAGCAGCUCUCUGGAUUUGCCUUCACCGCAAAUGGAUGGGUUCAAUCCUAUGGAUCUCGCUGUGUGAAGCCCCCCAUCAUCUAUGGUGAUGUGAGCAGGCCAAAGCCAAUGACUGUUUUCUGGUCCAGUGCAGCUCAGGGCAUGACCAAGCGCCCAAUGAAGGGAAUGCUUACCGGCCCAGUUACCAUUCUCAACUGGUCUUUUGUUCGAAAUGACCAGCCAAGAUCUGAAACUUGCUAUCAGAUUGCUUUGGCAAUUAAGGAUGAAGUUGAGGAUUUGGAGAAGGGAGGCAUCACUGUUAUUCAAAUUGAUGAAGCUGCUUUGAGAGAAGGUUUGCCUCUUAGGAAGGCUGAGCAUGCAUUCUAUUUGAACUGGGCUGUUCACUCAUUCAGAAUCACUAACUGUGGCAUCCAGGAUACCACCCAGAUUCACACUCACAUGUGCUACUCAAACUUCAAUGAUAUCAUCCACUCCAUCAUUGACAUGGAUGCCGAUGUUAUCACAAUUGAGAACUCCCGUUCUGAUGAGAAGCUUCUCUCAGUUUUCCGUGAGGGUGUGAAGUAUGGUGCUGGAAUUGGCCCCGGUGUCUAUGACAUCCACUCUCCCAGAAUACCGUCCACUGAAGAGAUUGCAGAUAGAAUCAACAAGAUGCUUGCAGUUCUUGACACCAACAUCUUGUGGGUGAACCCCGACUGUGGUCUGAAGACUCGCAAGUACACCGAGGUGAAGCCAGCCCUCGAAAACAUGGUUUCUGCUGCCAAGAAAAUCCGCACUCAACUUGCCAAGUGAGGUUCUUGAGCGUGCCCAGGCAUUUGAAUCUUUUCCACCAAAACCUCUGUUUGAGAUGAAAUUUUAUUGUUUAGGUCUUUAGCUCCCUGAGCACAAGCACAUUUGGAUUUCUACUUUUUACCCUUUGUUUUCAAUCUUUCCCUUUUCUUAAAGGGAAAAAAAAAACAAAGAAAAUUAUAUCAUCCUGUAAGUUUUGGCUUGUUAUCUGAAUGCAUUUGGGCACAUAAACCCAUUUUUCAUU